AUGAUCCCAGAGAAUGAGCCACUCACAGAACUGCCGUCACCAAGCCAACUCAAGCACAAAUACCUUCUGCGCGGUAAGCGAGUGCUGGCAGCUGUGACAGGUGUGGACGAGGGCAGGGAGGAUGAUGAUGAGGCUUCAGCAGCACCCGAAAACAAUACCAUUAUAUGUUACUAUCACUGUGACCAUAUCUUCAUCGUCGUUGUCGUGUCAUUAUCACGGGCAACAAUUGCAGAUGGUGUAAAUGAAUCGGCGUCGCUUUCGGAAACGAAAGUAAAGAAACUUGGUGAAGAAAGCGAGGCUUUGCUUGCUGCCUAUACGUCAAAGCAUUUUGUGAAAUCAUAUCCAAAAGGCCUUCGCCAGGAUUCCAGCAAUUUCUGCCCAAUGCAGUCCUGGAUCGCCGGAGUACAAUCGGUUGCACUAAAUAUGCAGACUUAUGAUGAAAACAUGGAUCUCAGUGCGGGACUGUUUCGGAUAAACGGCAACUGUGGCUACGUUCUGAAACCGCCUGUCCUAAUUCGUGGUCUGGGUAAGCAACCUCAAAGUCGUGAUUUAAUUACCAGAUAA